AUGAGAUUUAGUGGAAUGGAUAUGAAGGGUAUAAAUAUGCUAUUUGCUGCUAUUCCAUCUAUUUGUGCAUCAAGUCCGAAGAAGAUCUCAAUCUAUAAUGAAGAAAUGAUAGUAGCUCGUUGUUUUAUAGGCUUUCUCAUAUUAAGUCGGAAGAGUUUAGGUAAGACUUUCAAAGAAACUCUCGACGGGAGAAUCGAGUCUAUUCAGGAAUCAUUGCAGCAAUUCUUCAAUCCUAACGAAGUCAUUCUGGAGGAAUCCAAUGAACAACAACGAUUACUUAAUCUACGGAUCAGCUUGCGAAUUUGCAGCACCGUAAAAGUAGUAGAAUCAUUACCAGCGGCACGCUGUGCGCCUAAGUGCGAAAAGACAGUGCAAGCUUUGUUAUGCCGAAACCUAAAUGUCAAGUCAGCAACACUUCUAAAUGCCACUUCUUCCCGUCGCAUCCGUCUUCAGGACGAUAUAGUCACAGGUUUUCACUUUUCAGUGAGUGAAAGAUUAGUAUCCGGGUCUACAACUUUGGUAGAAGCUUCUACCGUAGAACAAAUUCGAGAGGCCUUCUUAUUAGAACCCAGAGACCUAAUUCGAGAAGGCUUUAUAGUCCUCAGAAAGGUGAGGGUGGGGGGUAUCCCCGGGACCUGUGGAGACGGGGUGGGCCUGUAG